AUGCACGUGCGGCGUGCGCGAACACAACGAACUGCCGAGCCAAGCCUGAUUGGCCAGCGGGCUCUGUGCUAUAACGCGUGGACACGGGAGGAUCCCGUCGGUCCCAAGAGACUGGCGGGCGAGGAGAGUCGCAGCUCGUUCACCGCCACGGCGCGUGUGGAAGUGACAGCGCUACUUAGAGGUCGCAUGCUUAUCAAGGACCUGCAGCUCGGCAGGGAGAAGAAGCUGAUCUGCGGACGUGUCAUGAUGAAGGAGCGGCUAGCAACGUACGUGCCGUCCAAGAAGCCCGAGAAGUACCCGUACAUCCUUCACAUUCUACUCGCUGAUGAGAGCGGCGCGGUACACGUGUUCUUCUGGCAUCAGAUGGCGCUGGCGUGCGUGAGCAGCGUGCGAGAGAGCGACGUGCUGGUGUGCCGUAACUUCAAGGUCAAGAUCUAUCACCGCGACCGGGACGCGGUCGAAGUGGCGCUGGACCCUUGCUCCGAUCCCACUGAUCACAUCCACGUCUUGCCAGAGACGCUCUGUCCGACUGCGCUGCUGGAUCGCUUGCCACGGCUCGACGACAACUUCAGGACGCUAUCCAGCCUGCAGCGGCAGCGACGCCAGAGUGUACCUUUGAACGAGGAGUUCUCCGUUGCCGCUCUCAUCGUGUAUGUGUGCCCAUGGCAACGAUACCGGGACGUGUCGGUGCCGGAGGAGUUCUUCCAAACGCGGCUACUGGCCGUGCGAGAUGAGAGUUCGGAUCAGCUUCUCCUGCUGCGUGUGUAUGCCUUCUCAGAUGAGAAGCUGUUCUACGGUCUACGCGCCGGCCAGCUGUUGGUAACAACCCACUUGUGUGUCGGGAGAGUUGGAAGCGACGACGCAUUUCAGUAUGAUGGGCCAGGACGUUUUGACGAGCUGAUGGUGGUCACCACGUCAUGCAGUUCCCAGUUAUACACGUUUGAGCAGUCAGACACGACUGAUGUCACGUUCACUGCCUCCGUGCUGCAGUCGCGAUUCUGCCGCCAUGACAAAGUGCUGAAGUCCGCUCACUGGCUGGACGGAGCGGACAGCGUUCGGGUGAUGUCUCCGCCAGUGGAGUGCAAGGACUUGUGCUUUGAUCGUCUUAUCCCCCUGCCCGUACCGCUGGACAUUAGUCACCAACAGCUCCAUGACAUUAUACAGUUGCGGAAUAACUUUGAGAUUGUAUCGAGCGAAGAUCUGGCUCGUGUCAUUUCUGCAUUGGACUAUCGCGAGAGUAAAGUGGUGAUAUUUCAUGCAACGCUGGCUUCAAUCUCCUUCUCUUGUACAAUGCAGCACCAGCAGCAGGUACAUGGUGCUGCUCAGCCAACAGCAGCGGCGAGUGCAGUCGCCACAUCAGCCCAGGCAUCUGCGGCCGAUCAGCUCGCAGAGCAGACACACUCAGCAAACAACAGCACGACAGCAGCAGAGGCAGCAAGCCAAGCACCUGGCAUGCACACGGCACUACCACACCGGCGGAGAAGAAGAUUCAUCGCGGCGUCAUCAGACGAUAGUGAAGACAAUACAGCUCGUCACCGUUCCGUGCAUGGCCGACCACCACCACCAGCAGCGGCGGCGGAUAAUGUGCAUAUUGAUCACAGCCACGCAUACGGUACCCGUGUUACAGCGCACGCGGAGAGCCAGGGUACCCGUGCUACAGCGCACGCGGAGAGCCAGGGUACCCGUGCUACAGCGCAAGCAGAGAGCCAGGGUACCCGUGCCACAGCGCACGCGGAGAGCGGCUUCAGCGAGAUGAGAGAUUCCGAGCAGACGUUGAGCAACGAACGCCGCAACCCACUGGCCGUCCAGCCUCAGCGUCAUGCCAUGCUUACUCGCACUCGAUUACGCCCUCGUGUGCACAGCGGUGGGACAACCAGUCAGGGUACUGACAGCGGCAUGCUGGUCGAUGACAGCUCCGCCGUACCAGCUAGCCAGUCUGAAGACAGUGACGAGGACAACACUCCGUUACCCAAGGUGAGGCGACUUGCACACACCAGCUCGUAUCAGAACAGUGCUGCUAGCAGCUCUCGCCAAAGACCUAGCUCCGCUGCUAGAGUUGUGAAUGCAGGGCAGGACGGCAAUCGGAGUGUUUCCCGCCAGCCACAGGUGUCGAUACCUAGACGAACCGCUGACUCCAGUGCUAGCAUGAGCCAUGGUCGUGCUGGUGUUUCUCCUGGUGAGCCCUCCACGGUUGCUAAUGAUGGGUCAUCAAACGCACAGCAGCAGCAGCAACAACAACAGCAGCAACAACGGCAGCAACAGCAACAACAACAGCAGCAACAACGGCAGCAACAACAACAGCAGCAACAACAGCAGCACAACCAGCAACAACCACAGCAACAACAGCACCACCAGCAGCAGCAGCAGCAACCCACUCCUAUUCGGCAUUCUUCCAAGCGAGCAGUACAGGACAUCCCGGGCGACAUUGCCACCGUGGAGUGCUGCCAUCGCAAGCCCGACACCAGCCCGGCAGAGGAGCUGCAUGAGUGGACGCUGGAGCUGCUCUCGCUGAACCAGGAUCUGCUGGUGCGCGUGCCGCUGCGCUACCCGCACGCCCUGUCCAUGCUCUACCGGCUGGACUGGCACGCCUACGCCGCGGACACCACACCGGCUCACAUCGUCUGCCGCGGCGUGGCGCCGCAGUUCAGGAUCGCCAGCCCCGGCGACGUUCGCGUGGCCAGCCGCUUUCUGAGUGCGGCCGCCACGCAGCUGCGUGACCGUCGUCUUCUGGUCCUGCUGGACGUGUGCAGAUUGUCACGUUCUCACGUCCACGAGACGUUCAUGGGCUGUCUGAUGAGUGAAGACGUUUAGGUUUAUUUCAUGAGAGAUUACAAGUAUACCAAUCCUAUAGUUAUUAUGACAAGGUAGUGGUGGCGACUAUUUGACUUUGUAAUAGUAGAUCUACACAUUGAACUUGAAACCCGACUGGACAAUAGUUAUGAACUAACAGAAGAAAUCUAUAGACAAGGACAAUAGCUGGCUACUUGUUGGUAAUAUCUAGUGUGGUUGAGAGCACCUACUCCACGCGCUGUGUGCUGUAUGCGCGUACCCCCUUCUGCUAGUGCAUGAUUCACUGCUGCAGUGGUUCAUUUUUGCUUUGUAAUACCUCAAAGUCAAGUUAGCACUGGCCUCGCUUGGUUUGAAACUGUCCCUCGUGCUGGUUUUCAUGUUGAUCUCUCUGUUAGUCUGCCCCCCCCCCCCCCCCCCCCCCUCCUCUCCCUCUCCCUCUCUCAAAUACUUUCCACUGUCCUAUGGCAGCUAGCUUGAUUGAGUCCUGACUCUACAUCUCCACUACCAUGUAGUAUUAACCCAUAGAGACAGAGCACAGCUGGAGCAGUGGCAAUGCGACUGCUGAUUUCUUUCAUCAACAUUGGAAUAAGAGACAUUUUUUAUUCAAGACAAACACAGACUCACUGCACCACGGUUUCUUUAAAGUAUUUAGGGGCCUUGAGAUUUCCGCUCUGGUUAGGAAAUGAUUGUACAGACAUUAUUAUAGUAUUCGUAGGGUUUUAUUGUGUCUUGGCUGUGUCCAAUGGACGUUUCAUACAGUAUGUUUGGUUUUCUGGUGCUGUAGCGUAAUCCUGGCGACGUACCGCAAGAAUCUGA